UGUGCCGAAAGCCCCAAACUCUAUUCAUUUACAGCACCAAAUCAAACGAGCUCAACCCAGCUUCUUCUUCUCCGUCGACCAGCUUCUUCUUCUCCUUUCCUCACCCACAGUGCCACCGCCGGCUACCCUAACCGCCGCAGCUACCUUCUCCUUCUUCUCCUCUUCUUCUUCUCCUUCUUCUCCAUCAUCUCCUCCAGUCAAUGCUGCGGCUACCUUUGCGCAAGCCCUAGCUCCGUGGUGACCAAAAUCGGUUCCACCUCUCUCUUUUCCCCCUGUUCGAACCGUAGAGAGUUCAAUUAAUUUUGUUUAGUUAGUUUGAUUGUUUCUGCUUCCAGGUUUUGGUUUCAAAAUUCUUUUAAUUUCUGUUGAGUUCAAUUAAUUUCGUUUAGUUAGUUUGAUUUUAGUAAUUAGUUUAAUUAGAUUUGUUUUCUGAUUAGUGGAUUUUUAGGUUGUUAAAAUAGGAUUAGAUUAGGUUUUGAUUCUGAAUACCUGAGAAAUGUUUAGAUUGUUAAUCUGGAUUGCUGAACAAACAGAAUUCAGAGAAACACUUGUGAGUUUUUCUUUUUCUUCUUCCCUCCCCUCUAUGAAUUUCGCUGUGCACACCAAGUGUUCAAUGGUUUGCUUAUUUGUUGGUUUGACCUAACAUGCACAUCAAAUGUUUGUUGCUUUUCUUUUAUGUGUACAUAAGUAGUAAUAUGUAUCUUUAUUCUUGCUAUUUCACUCUUAAUUAAUUAUUUUUAUGUUGCAAGUUCUGUCAAGGGGAGGGGAGACUGUAGAGAUGACUACUGACCAUGAAUCUAAUACUGAGCGGGGCAGCAUUGAGAACAGAGGUGGCUUUGUCUCAAACAUGCCAGGGCAGUGUUUCUUAGAGAAUAUUUCUACUUCUACCCUCCUAGCCAGAACAACAAUCUCUGCUGUCUAUCAAACUGCAAAAUUAAUCAGUUCUGUCCCUAAUGUGUCAUAUCAGAAGAAGGCAAGCAUUCCUACAUAGACUGGAAAUAACAUUUCUACCUAUUCAGCUUUAUUCAUUUAUCUAAAGACAUAGGGUGUUUCCUGGACUUAUUCCUAGCUUUUCCUGAUGCCUUGUUCCAUCAAUUGCUUGUGGCCAUGGCUCAUCCGGACCGUGAAAGACAAAUUGGAGCACAUAGUGUCUUCUCUAUGGUGCUUAUGCCAUCAAUGGUUUCUCCUUGGUUGGACCAGAAAACAAAGAUGGCUAUGAAGGAACAGAGUUUAUAAGAGGAUGAUGAAGAGGAUGAUGAAGUCCCAAAACUAGUUCAUCAGUUUUAUUUUCUGAAGCUUUGGCCAUCAUCAGAGCCUGAUUCAAUAUCUCAAAUCAAGAAACAAGAGCUCAUGGUGGAGAAAAUGAACCGAGACAUUCGUGAAAUCACUGAUAAAAUCAAAGAGAAAAUUUCAGAAAAGGAUUAUGUUGCGUAUGGGAUGAGAAGCUCAUACUACUGGAAAAUGGAAUGGAGACGCCGCGUCGCGCGAAAAGGGAAGAUACUAAGUAACUUGUAUGUGGUUCUUGAUGAAUUGUGUUUCAUGAACAAUGCACCUAGGAGAAGAUCUAAGAAGGAGAAAUGCUUCACGGAAGAAGAGAUUGAUAACCAUGAAAAUUGUAGUGCAGUUCAAUGCUGAUAUUGCUUAUGGCAUGCCAUGGAAGUUUACUCCUACUCAAAGAGAGGUAAGAGUCAAGCCUGGAGAAAGUGCCCUCGCAUUUUAUAUGGCUGAAAACAAAAGUUCCACUCCAAUAACUGGUGUUUCUACAUAUAAUGUCACUCCUAUGAAGACAAAUCUUUGGUAUUGAUUGGUUGUUCAGCAGAGAUGGUAAUAAAAAUAGUUGAAUUGCUGAAAGGCUUCGCAUCUCAUGAAGAGAUUAUGGAGAUUCUUGCCACAGUGGCUGUAGAUUUGGGGGAUGUCAUCGAUGUGAGUUUCUUGCAGGUCAAACCUUUGAAGGGAGCAAUGACUAAUGAGGUUUUUGAGAUAAACUGGCCAGCCAAAAGUGAUGGCCAUCUCAGAAGGGUUCAAGUCCGAUUAUACGGCAAAGGUGUUGAGGUUUUCUUCAACAGGGAGGAUGAAAUACAAACUUUUGAGAGCAUGUCAAAGCACGGUCAGGGUCCAUGCCUUCUUGGCCGGUUUGCCACUGGUCGAGUUGAGGAGUUAAUUCAUGCCAGAUUCCAUGUGAUCAGAAUUCGAACUGAAACCUGUAGGAAAAAGGUGAGAAGCUUGGAGCAGAUGAACGGAAAUCUCCUUCUUGAACUUGUUCAAGAAGAAUUCAUGCACAUAUGGCUGAUGGAUGCUGAUUCAUGUCCAUUUUUUAAGAAAGAAUUCAGUUAAUCUUUCUGUAAUAUAUGUAAAAUUGUGUAAAAUUUAGUAUGGUUGAACAAUAUGCUGAGGAUUAUAGUUGAUAAUACACUUUGUUUAUGUUUUGAAUUA